CUGCUCUAAAGGCUCACAAUCUACGACUCUGUUACACACUACCUUGGACCAUCUUCCCAGCAUCAGACCGUCAAUCCAGAACUUCUUUUGACGAACUAACAAGCACAAUGUCCGACUACGAAGAUGAGAUGGAUGUCGAUGCACCCGUCGCAGACAGCUCGAUAUCUUUUGGCGGAGACACUAAGAAGGGCAAGAGAAGCGCUGCAAACUUGCCUGUGGAGGCUGAAGACUCCCUGCCAUGGGUAGAAAAGUACAGACCUAGCAGCCUCGAAGAUGUUGAAGGCCACAAGGACAUCAUAGCUACCAUCAACAAGUUCGUUGACUCGAAUCGGUUACCACAUCUCCUCCUCUACGGCCCCCCGGGAACCGGCAAAACAUCGACUGUCCUCGCACUCGCACGACGCAUAUACGGGAACAAGAACAUGCGACAAAUGGUGCUCGAGCUGAACGCUUCGGAUGACAGAGGUAUCGACGUUGUGCGAGAGCAGAUCAAGACGUUCAGCAGCACGAAACAGAUCUUCUCUGCAGCGCCAAAGGCGGACGGCUCUGCGCUCGCGACGUUCAAGCUCAUCAUCCUAGACGAGGCAGAUGCUAUGACUGCGACCGCGCAGAUGGCUCUCAGAAGAAUUAUGGAGAAGUACACGGCGAACACACGGUUCUGCAUCAUUGCCAACUACACUCACAAACUGUCGCCCGCGCUGCUCUCUCGAUGUACAAGGUUUCGCUUCUCACCACUGAAGGAAGUCGACAUAAGAAACCUGGUAGACAAAGUCAUUGAGGAAGAGAAGGUCAACAUCACACACGACGCCACCGACUCAUUGGUCACUUUGAGCAAGGGGGACAUGAGGCGGGCGCUCAACGUGCUCCAAGCCUGUCACGCAUCCAGCACACCAUUACAACCACCAGGAAAGCCAGCGCCAGAUCCAAGCACUAUUGUUCGAGAUGAAAUCACCCAAACCACCAUCUAUGACUGUAUUGCAGCGCCACACCCAUCGGACGUCGAGUACAUCCUAGACACAUUACUUUCGACAGGCGACAUGACCCAGUGUUUACGAACUGUCAACAAUUUGAAGACGAUGAAAGGCCUUGCGCUUGCAGACAUACUCACAACUAUUAGUGAAGAGCUGGUCAAGAACGACGUUCCACCUCAAGUCAUGGUGACUUGGAUGGCAGGGCUGGCGGACAUCGAGUACAGGUUGAGCGGUGGCGGAAGCGAGGCGAUACAGACAGGUGCCGCGAUCGGGAUAGUGCGAACGGGAGUCGAGCUGAUGGAGAACGGCAAGAAGUAGGAUGCGCAGCCUUGCGACAUUUGGCAUAUCCGAUGAUUUUGAGAACAGGAUGUAUCCCAACGGUGGACGCGAUCCGAUGUAUGAUAAAAUCUCAUGCCAG